AAACAAAAAAAAACAAGGAGCGCUUAUAGAGGUUCAAAAAAAAAAAAACAAGGAGGAGGGCCCCGCCCGGUGGAGUAGAGAGAGAAGGGUUCGCCGGCGACGGAGCACUCCCAGCAGCGCCUCAUCGUUCGACGCGACCAGGUGUUUCGGCAAGCUAGUGGUUUUGCAGGUGAUGGAGCCGAAAGGGGAAACUAAGGUGGAUGGAGUGAGAAUGGCAAUGGGUGCCUUGGACUGCCCGGUCUGCUAUGAGCCCCUUGGGCCUCCAAUUUUCCAGUGCGGUGUGGGGCAUUUGAUCUGCAAAUCAUGCUGCGCCAGGCUCAAGAAGUGCCCCCUAUGCAUAAGAACUGCCUUUGAGCGCUGCUACGGCAUGGAGCGUGUUGUCGAAUCCAUUGAGGUUCCUUGUUGCUUUGCCAACAACGGAUGCACCAAGAAGAUCGCCUACUUCAACAAGAAAAAGCACGAGAAGGCGUGCCGGCAUGGGCCGUGCUUCUGCCCAGAACCUGGCUGCGGGUUCACUGGGCCAGUGGUGGCGCUGGCGAACCAUGUCACCACCCAGCACAAGUGGCCGUCCAUGAAGUUCAAGUACUUUGAGCAGUUCAACCUCCCCCUCGAGCCAGGCCCGCGCGUGCUCCACGCCCCGGACGGCAACGUUUUCCUCAUCAACUUGACGCCCGCGGAGGCCCUGGGGCACACCAUCUCCCUCGUCUGCAUCCAGCCGGAGGCCACGGACUCGAGGUUUGGGUGCACGAUGAGCUUCUCGUCCUUCCCGGGCCACCACCAGAUCUCAACAAUGGAUGCUGUGAGGAGCUCAUCCCUUUCUGAUGGGAUGCCAAAGGACUUCUUCUGCGUCGUGCCCAAGUCCAAGUAUGGAGGCAUUGGUAUGUUUCUCCGAACCACCAUAGAUAACAAGUUGGUGCAUGAAGACGGCGACGAGCAGGAGGAUGAGGAUGAUGAUGAUGAGAGCUACGACGAGGAUGAAGAUGAGGAAGAAGAUUUCGGUGAUGCUUGAUUCGAUCCAUGGGAUGAUCUAGGCAGUGCCCUUCUAUUGUAGAUUUAUAAUAAUUAUUUAAGGUUGGGAUCUUCGUCUGGAGUAUGGACACGUCGAUGUCUAAGCAAACUAUGGUUUAUUUGACAAGUAUACUUGAAUUUCUGCCGAGUGGUCCUCAUUCAUGUUCUCGUAGAAAUAUCUGACACCGUACUAGAUCUCUGUAGCUUACUGUAUCCUGUUCUGUAUGAUACUGAAGAAGGUCAGAAAUCA